UUUUAUGUAAAAACUUCAGUGUGGUGCAAUACGUACAAGUCUGAAACAUUCCGUUUUGUGUGUUGAGUUUCUUUUGUGAUUUUUGUGGAUGAAAACAUCGAUGGAGAGAGAAAGAUUUUCACUGCUUCUACUCGAGCCGGGAGAGGUUUAUUUUGAGGAUUUCUCCGUGAAUCUCCUGAAGCCGGUGAUUGCAGAUGAGACUCGUCGAGUGGGGCGCUUGAAACUCUGCUCCAAGUCCCUGGUGUACGAUCCCCGGGAUGUGUCUCAGCCCAUUGUUAAGAUGCCGUUCAAGGAGUGCCGGAACAUUAGCAUUCCGCCAGUGUCUCUGCAAAUGCGCGAGACCAAUAUUCUCACAAUCAGCUGUGAUCAGCACAUUGAGAUGCUGGAAAAUAACACAAUAGCCCCGUACAGAUUCCGUGAUGAACCCAUGCAAUUCAUCUUUGAGUUCAAUUACGUUAGAGUGGAUGAUUGCCUCACGAAGAUCAGUCAACUGUACAGAGCUUCCAGUUUGCAGCCCUGUGAACAAAAUAGCAUGAUAGCCACAAUUGUCUACUCCCGGCACAAUCGCCUCAAAUUCGAUCUGCUGUGGCUGGAGGAUGUUUGCGAGGAGGUCAUCAUUGAUUUCCAAGUGGACGAAAUUGCGCCCCUUGUCGUUAAUCCCGGACGACUCUUGUUGUCCAGCAAAGCCAUCUACUUCCAGCCUUACAACAACAUCCAUCCAUAUCUGGUGAAGAGGAUCAGGCUAAGUGACAUUACGAGCUUCCUGAAGCGCAGAUUUUUGCUGCGUCAAGUCGGCCUGGACAUCCAAUGGAAGACUCACGAGAAGACUGAUCAACUGUAUGUCUCCUUUCGCAGAGACAGCGACAGGGAGGCCUUCUACGAGGCCACAAGGAAGCAAGAGGAGUUCACAUAUACCGACCCAGAGCCCGAGAGCAUGAUUCUCAAGUGGCAAAACGGACUCAUAUCAAAUUACGAUUAUUUGCUGUAUUUAAACAGACGGGCUGAUCGCACAUUUCAAGACUUAACACAAUACCCAGUUUUUCCUUGGGUAAUCAGUGACUACAAAUCUGAUCAUCUUGACCUCACCAAUCCCAAAACAUUCAGAGAUCUGAAAAAGCCAAUUGGUGCCUUGAAUCCUGAGCGUCUUGAGCGACUCAUUGAGCGCUAUGAGGAAAUGGCUAAACCCAAAUUCCUCUACGGCUCUCACUACUCUACUCCAGGCUUUGUCCUCUUUUACCUCGUACGGAAGUACCCCAAACUCAUGUUGUGUCUCUGUUAUGGGAAAUUUGACCAUCCAGAUCGGAUGUUCAACAAAGUUGAGGAAGUUUUUAACAAUUGUCUCAAUAAUAUGAGUGAUUUCAAGGAGUUAAUCCCGGAAUUCUAUGACACGGAAGCCAAAGGGGAUUUUCUGGUGAAUGCUUCAAAGAUCAAUUUUGGCUGUCGAGCUGAUGGGACUACGGUUAAUGAUGUAAUUUUGCCACCAUGGGCUAAAAACAGCCCAGAAGUGUUUGUAAAGACAAUGAGGGAAGCCCUGGAGUCAGAGUAUGUGUCACAGAAUCUCCAUCAUUGGAUCGAUUUGAUUUUUGGCUACAAGCAACAGGGACAGGAAGCUGUAGAUGCAAGGAAUUUGUUCUAUUUCCUCUGCUAUGAAGGUGCUGUGGAUCUGGAUGAAGUGACUGAUAUGGCUCAUAGGCAUGCUCUCGAAGUGCAAAUAUCGGAAUUUGGACAAAUUCCCAAUCAACUCUUCACGCGACCUCAUGUUCCGCGUGUUGUGACAAAUCCUCAGGCAUCUGCCCUGUCGCCAAGUGUCCCAAAAUCUCCGGAGAAUGAGGAGAUGCCUCUACUUAUGGAUCUCACGUUAAAGGUGAAAUAUCAAGCGCACAAAGAUGUGAUCACUUCUGUUGUUGUCGAUGGAACAAAUAUAAUCUCAACGGGAAAAGACGGAGUACUCAAAUGCUAUGACUUCGCGAAGCAGAAGCAACUGAGGAGUGUUCGAGUGACUUCAAUGCCAAUCAGUUCCUGCAUCAAAUUGCCAGGAGCCAAUGUGGUUGUUCUGGGAUCUUGGGAUAAUACAAUAAUGUCCUAUGACUUGGACUACGGAAGGACAAUCAAUAAGAUAGCAGCUCAUGAUGAUGCUGUAUCCUGUUUGGUGUACAUAGACUCUUUGGGAUUGGUGGUGUCUGGAAGCUGGGAUUGUAGUGUCAAAAUCUGGAAGGGUUUCAGCAGUGACUCUUCAUCAUCCUUCAGGAUGUCAGAAUCUAUGAAAGCAUAUCUUUCCCUUGAAGACAAGGUCGGAUGCUUGGACGCUCGGUGCAAUGAUGGGAAAAUAAAUGUUGUGAUAGGGAAUGAUCUGGGAGAGAUAAUUCUUUGGACUUUGGAUGUGUCCAUUGUCAAUAAAUGUCCAGAUCCCAGUGAAAAUACUGAUCAUUCUGCAAUAUUGUCUACGACUUCUCCCAUUUGUGGCAUAUCCUUCAAUGGGGACGGCACAAAAGUGGCCUUUUGCGAUGAAAUGGGCAUUUUUCGUGUUAUCUACAUAUCUGACCAUCGUACGGGCACAGUGAUCUUCCAGAGGGAGCUCUGCAGUAGCACCUUCACCUGUCUCAAUUGGUCACUCAAUGAGACUCAGGUGCUCGUGGGUGAUGAUCAGGGGCAGAUUCAUGUGUGGGAUGUUUGGUGUGGGAAGAUGUUUAGUGAAUUGGAGGCGUAUAGUGGGCCCAUUUGGUACAUCACACGAACGCAGGACAAGAAGAAGAUCAUCACGGCAGGUUGUGAUUCGAAAUGUGAGACAUGCAUUAAAGUCUGGAGUGCAAAUUACGAUGAGGACGAUAAUCUUCUGUUAUAGUAUUUUAGGAUGUGUCUAAAAUUUUUUUUUAAGAUUUUAUUGUAAAGUUCUGUAAGAGCAUUAAAAAAAAGUCUGAAGAGAAAUAUAAUUAUUUCAUCAAGA